AUGUCCUACGUCGCCAAGCAUCCGAAUCCAUUGGGGUCCGCGCUUCUUGGCGCAUGGCUUCUUGUCAUCCUCUUCGGGCAGUGGCUCUCGCGUUCAAAGGAUCUUCCUUCUGCUGGCACGACGUUGCUCUACGAGCGUAAUCUCCGCUUUCGGUCGCAACCCGAGAGUUUCCACGUCCUUGUCACCGCCGCCGACGACACGUUUGCACUUUGGAUCGAGUCGACGUCGACGCACGAGCAAUGGUACAUCUCGGUGCGCGAUCUCGCCGUGCACAACACGGGUGACGUUGUCUUACCCAUGACAGCGGUCGUCGCCGGUGCUCAGUGGGCGUUGACCAACAACGGUGCGGCAGCGUCGGCCGACCUUCGCCGCACUACCGCCGGUGCUCUCGUUCUUGAGCUCACGAUCCCCGCGUGUUUCGGCGCCGUUGCGCGCUACGCGUUUCCUGUCGCACGGAUGCAACUGAACUCGGAGCGGGCGCUGCGAGCACGGCUUCGCGCCGCGGAAGCCGAGCGGGACCACAUGGCGCGGCAGUUAGCGGCCCAAACCAAGCAGCUCGAGUGCGAUCGCGAGGCGGCCGUACGCGCGGAAUUGGCAGCCGCUGUGCAGCGCAUCCGGUACGAGGCGUGUGUGCGCGCGGCGAGCGAGGGCUGGACAAACGUCUAUCGAAACUGCGAGCAUCUAGUGCAUGACCGCCACUAG